AUGGUCUUGUGGGGAAACUUUGCUGAACAAGUCACGAACGCUAUACAGUUACGUGGUGAGGGUCGUCUGAUCUUGGUGUUGAGAUUCGGCAAGAUUAAGGUUUGGAAAGAGGAUCGUUCCGUUUCAAACGCUUACAAUGUCUCUGACGUUCAGCUCAAUCCCAACAUGGCGGAGGUCGAAGCUUUUAGGGCAAUGUUACCAGCUGAUGAACUUCAAUUGGCUAUUGUUGAACCAAAGCCAUUAACUCUGGCUUCUGGUGUCUCUGUGAAAGAUGAUUUUUUCAUUCACACUCCAAGAAAAACCAUCGCUGAGAUGAUUGAAUGUCGUCAGGUGGAGAAGUGUAUUGUUAUGUGCACCAUUUCGGCCAUUGAAACGGACAUGGGGUGGUACUACUUAAGUUGUAAACCUUGUGACAAAAAAGUUAUGUACAUGCCCCCUCUUGUGGCUGGUGAUCACGAAGAUGAUGACCUCCAAAAGUUUAAACUCUACUGCCCUAAGUGCAAGAGUUACGAACCUAAGCUCCUUCCAAGGUACAAGUUGCAUUUGGUGGUUCUUGACCAUACUGGUAAUUCCAAGUUCCUCCUAUUUGACCAUCUUGCUCUGCAAUUGGUUAAUCAACCUUGCAUUGAGCUAACCGGACCGAUUACUGAUGAGGUUAUAGUUCUGUACAGGACCCGGAUGUUCUACCUCUGGCUUUGCAAAACCUGA